AUGCCCGCCUCCGCCGAUGAGAGACAUCCCCAUGAACCCAUGAUCACGGUGCCUGCUCAGACCACCGCUGAUCAGUACGCCGACAUUGCCAUAGCCGAUGUGCCCACAUCUGCCGGUGAUGAGAUGAUCGUGGGCGACAUUCCGUACGCAGACGUUGCCAUAGCCGCGGUGCCCACCUUCGCUGGUGAUGAGAUGGCCCUGGGCUACAUUUCCAUGGUCACGGCGUCGGCGCCAAACUCGGCUGUCAAGUACGCCGAGUCGCCGACGUUUCUGGGCCUCAUUAGAGAGACCGUGCGGCCCAGCCCCAUACAUUUUUUCUCCAAAGACGCGGCUCAGUCCAUUCCCAAUCUCGCCGCCACCGCCGCCGCCGCCGCCGCCGCUGCCGCCGCGCCCGCUUCCAUUCUAUUCGAUUCGUCGAGGCCUGCUGCAGAAGAAGAAGAGGAGGAGGAGCUAGCAGGUGAAUCUAAUUCGGACGGAUUCGGGAAGGAAAUGAAGGCGCGGCAGUUCCUGAACGUGGUGAUGCGGAGGUACGGCAGAGGCAGCAUGUAUUCGGUAAGUCGCAUGAAGCCCGAGGAGCAACUCUUCUACUCAUCUACCAAGGAAGCGCAGUCAGCCGCAUCCAACAAGGAGAUGGAGACCAUCUCCAGCAUGCCUGAGCUUGGGCUCAGGCACCAACGCUCCAUCUCCAAGGACAAGCGGCUGGAUUUCUUGCCUUUUUAUGAACGAGGCAGUGGUGCCUAUAGCAAGAUCCUCUGCAUCGACGACAAGGGCUGCACCGCCCUGUACGACAUUGACGGCGACUCCCUCCACUCGAUUCCAGGCCUCAACGGUCCAAAGGGCGCCAACCCCAUCUCCUUCUCUAUCAUCGACAGAGAACCCAGAGAUCCUGGGCGGGCUGACGCCUUGUACACCAUGCGGAAGUACCCUAGGUCCUACGAUUACUUCAACUUCGAGGCCCUCAUGUACAGUGAACCUUCCAAAUCUAUGAAAGGCUGGCGGUGGCACCGGCUCCCGCCUCCGCCUGCCCAUGUUGACACUUCCAUCGUCAGGUCCCACGCCCUGAUUGACGAUCCCAGCCGUGCACCCAUUCUUAUCGUCUCAUCCACUGAAACAAGUGGCGUAGGCACCCACUGCUUCAACACAUUCACCAACAAAUGGUUUAAGGCUGGCUGCUGGACGCUGCCAUUUGUUGGCCGUGCUGAGCAUGUUCCUGAGCUUGACAACCUCUGGUUCGGCAUUUCCAACAACUGGCCUUAUUACUUCUGUACCAUGGAUCUCUACUCCCUUGACAGCGUCGAAGCUCCAUCGUUGGCGUAUAACUGGGAAGACCUUAAUCUGCCAGACGACUGGGUGAUGAUGGACUGCAGCAUGGUGUACCUCGGGGAUGGCAAGUUUUGCAUCGCCAAAAUCUUCGAGUUUUCUAUUGACAACGACCGGACAGGGAUGGGUGCUGCUAUCUCUGGUUUGGAGGUGGUGCGCCUUGGUGAACCAUCGAAACUCCUGAUGGUCAAGCACAAGUCCAAAUUCUACAAGUUUAUCAGGGAUGAGAUCCAGUGCAUCCUCUAGAACUAGUUGAUACCCCGCGCGUUGCUGCGGGAAUGAGAGAUAAUUUUCAUAUACACAGAAGAUAGCAUUGAUGGAUUACACUUUGCGAUAAGAAAAAUCAUGUGUGCAUGGUCAUAAUAGAUAUUGGCUGAUGACAUGGAAACUUUACAUGUGUGUAACUUGCAAACAUUAGGGUUGGAGACACUUGCCAAAAAAAACUCAUGAAUGUGCAUGGUCAUGGGAUUGACAUGGGUUGUCAUGUACAACUUGCAGACAUUACAUGAACAUAAUUGGGAUCAAGUUUAGAGAUAUUAUCAAUAAUUUUUAAUGAUUCAAUCUUGCCAAAUAAUUCUUACAAUUUUCAUAAAAAUUGGCAGAACUCCAUACACAUACAGUCCUUGAAUUCUCUCACCUUAUUCAAGCCAAAAUCGCAUGAAUAGAAGAAGAAUAGUUCGCAGGAACAAUAGAGCAUAAUGAACAUACUGCAUUUGUGUGUAAUUGACUUGAUUAAUCAAGAGCAUAAUAUAAGACGAUGGAUUUGUAGGUUUCUACCAUCAUGUGUAUGUAGCACAGAAAGAUAUCUUUAUUGAACCAUGCAUGAGACCCGCGCUGUAGUGAAAGGAUGGCACCAAUUGCAUCAUCUAGUUGUUUGGCAAAAUACAGUCUAGUUCACCCCAUUCAUAUCUGUCACCGCAAGAAAGGGGUCACAUUGGUAUCUGAUUUGCAAAAGGGGUCACAUCGAAAUCUGAUUUGCAAAAGAAAGGGGUCGCAUUGGAGUAGAUUCUAAUGAGGAUUUAAUGUUAAUAAUAGUAGAACCAUGAGAUCUGAUGCAGUUCUCGGCAGAAAAAAAAGAGCGUUUAUGAUACAGGAAAAUAUUAGGCUUAUAUACACAUGACAAAUAAGAGCUGGAAGAGUAAAUAUGGAAUUACCAUCCACCAACAAAUUGGUUGCAGGUUUUUGGUUUCACAACAAAAUAGAGGAACGUGAGUUGCCUCGGAUGGAUGAUACCAUGGACUUCGUCAAUACAAUUAGCUGCUGGAGUACUGAUCACGCCGAUGCUUCUGGUAGCCUCUCUUUGGUGCAGCUCCUGAUCACCCUGAUGCUUGUACAAUUUGCUGCUCCUCUUGGCUGGACCGUGCGUGGCCGAUUACUCAGCAUCCACUCGGCGAGGACGCCUAGCGCAAGAGAAAGGGGCUGCUCGAUUCUGAUGUGUGAUCUGAGAACUGGGAGGGUAUUUAUAUUGAGAACAUAGAAUACGAAGAGCGGUAGGCCAAUAAUUUGUCAUGAAUCGAUGCGUUGGGAAUGCAAGCGGCUAUCUAAUUUAGUGAAUGGGUGUUGCGCCGGAUAAAUACAGUGCGAUUCAUUUGGAAGCUAGAUACUCGUACAGAUUUGCACCGAAUAAAUGCAAGGCGGCGUUGGGCACUGGACAAAUGGAAGGCCAUUCUCAUCUGGAAGCUGAACAGACCAAAUUUGUACGUGCUAAGCUAUUGAUAGACCUGACUCUUGAAGACCCGAUUAGAUGUGCUAGUGAAUGAUGGACAACUACGGCCACAUGUUUGAAAUCCAACGGAUAUGAAUAAUUGAGGUGAUGUGGCUGCAUCAGGUUUGAGCUUGCAAACAUUAAAUGAUUCUUAGUGGGGAUGAACUUUAUAGAUAUUAUAGAUAUUACUAGGGAAGGGAGUAAGGGAGCAAACAGUUUCUAGAGGAGUGCCCCUAUGUGAUGUGGUUGUAAUGUAAGCUAAGUGCGAUUUGGGAUGACUAGUUUCUGUUUACAGUUUGCUGCUGUUGCAACCUCAAAACUGUAACUUGUAACUGUUUAAAAUAUUUAUCUUAUCGGAUUUGCUAAAACAU